ACUUCCUGUUAGCUCGGGGUAGAUAGCGGACGAGCGGUCGAAGAAAUUACUGAUGUAUCUAUGUAAAAUCGUAGCAUAACUACUCAGGAAAGUGCUACUGUGGAGAGUCUAAGGUCCAUAUUUAGGAGACAACAAUGAUCCGCUUCAUCCUCAUCCAGAACCGAGCAGGGAAGACACGACUGGCCAAAUGGUACAUGCAGUUCGAUGACGAUGAGAAACAGAAGUUGAUUGAGGAAGUGCAUGCUGUGGUGACUGUCAGGGACGCCAAGCACACCAACUUUGUGGAGUUCAGGAACUUCAAGAUCAUUUACCGGCGUUAUGCUGGUCUGUACUUUUGUAUUUGUGUGGACGUGACUGAUAACAACUUGGCAUACCUUGAGGGAAUCCAUAACUUUGUAGAGGUGCUGAAUGAGUAUUUUCACAACGUGUGUGAGUUGGACCUUGUAUUCAACUUCUACAAGGUGUACACGGUGGUGGAUGAGAUGUUCCUGGCGGGAGAGAUCAGGGAGACCAGUCAGACCAAGGUCCUCAAGCAGCUCCUCAUGCUCCAGUCACUUGAAUAGUAAACAGAUGACCAUUCCUCCCACCUACCCACUAAUCUGCUGCCCUGGCACCUAGACCGACCCACCUGUCAUUCUGGAAAGGACCCCCUGUCAUUUGCCUGCUCUACAGAGCAGACCUCAGUACUUAAAGAACUUGAGGAGGGGGUGUUUUAGAAAUAGAAUAACACAAUAUUGUUUACAUAUGGAUAUAUAAUACAGAACUUCAGUUAACCUGUUUGUCAUAGCAGUAUAUCGGUUGUACUUUUAAUGAAGUCACCAAGUAUGAAGGCUGUACAUUUCAACAUGUUAACAUCUCAUUUACCGCCUAGGUUACAAUCAACUACAUUCUGUUUCCCUGAAGCCAGAGGCUGCAGAAAUGAGUUAUUUCAUGUAGUACCCAGUUAGUCUUUACAUUUAUCUCUGUGCAGUGUGGAAACACUGGUGUAGAUCUAUCUCCUCCUCCUCCUCCUCCUCCCCCCUUCAUUAACCUCAACAUUCAUUUAAUGGCACUACUGUAACUAACAAGCACCAUGUGUAAAGAGAGGCCGCCCAUAAUGAUCCACGUGCAUUGAGCACUUACAACAGCCAGCUCUAUAAAUCCACGUAAAGAAGGGCCUUCCCUGUGAUGUGGCAGCAGGCUUGUCACGCCUUCUGCUCGUUUUAUAUCCACAUCACAGUACAAGCAGGCUACAACCAGAAAGCCCUUUAGAGCAAUUGACCCAACCACGGCAAGUUCAUAAUUGAAUGGAGUGUACUCAGGAUGAGUGCCAUUUUGACGUUGUGUUAUGGCAACCUGUGCUGUGUCAGACAUCCUCACAGCUGAUGAUGAUAAACAGUGCAGGCUACAUUAGCUCAGGUGGCGACUCUCUGGGUGCUGUAAUCGUUUUCAAAGCAUUUCAGAUCAUCUAAGUCAUUUGAUCCAAUUUGUUAAGUUAAAUGGUGCUUGUUGGUCACACUCAAAACACUUAAAAAACAUGAACACACUCAGACGGAUUAAGACGUGGAUGUAGAAAGUAUAUUUUACAUAAAGCAGUGCUGUGAAGUUUGCUUCGUAUGGUGUGUACAUACAGUGUAUCUUGCAUAUGUUAAAUAUUGUGAAAUUAACUGUCAUUCCAGAAAGAGUGGUUCCUGCUCACUAUAUGGUAUGAGCAGUAUUGUGAAAGAUCCAUAAAUUCCUUUGGCAUUGCGCAACAUAAAUUGGCUUCUAAGUUCCUCCUGCCGACCUCAUGAACUUUGGCGAAAAGAAAAAAAGAAUCCACUUUUGUUCAUUUCCCCUUGCUGGACUUAAAUGUUGAUGCGAUUACUUGUUAUAACAUAAUUUUAACCAUAUCCAGUCACAAAGGUGGUUCAAAUGUUACUGUUGUUGAGCUUUUGUAUUUUUUUUAAUGAUUAGGCAAUAGUGAAAUAUGUACGGCUUCCCUUAUUGUCCACCUGUGUGAGUUUGUUGAUGGAAGAUGUGUGUUUGUAUGUAUUACUGUCUCUGACAACUACCCAGAUCAGUACAUCCCAUUAUAUGUAAAUAAACAGAUGAAAUGAUACAUGAACGUCAACCAUA